UAAAGAGGGUGUUGAAGAUCUCGCGAGAUCGGGUAAACUAGGGUAGCCAGAGUUAGGCGGUAUCUCGCGAUAGAUACAGCAAGUUUCAGCAGGUGGGAGGGAACUGUGAUGAGGUCUCUCGCGAGACCUGAAGGUACCGCGACAGCGGCAGCGACAGCGGCCACAGGGAGGAGAGGUUUGUAAACUGUCCAUCUUGAGCGUCCAAUGCUGGAAGCGGCCUGACUUUCCUUACCGGAAAUCCUUUUCCAGGACCUAGGAAGACGGCCCACCUGGCCGGAAGUCCCACCUCUUUGAGCGCCCCCACCCUCCCAGAAGUUUUUCUGUCACCGGUGUUUACCUCCCUCUCCUUUCCCCGUUUUAUCCCCAUUCUAGGGAAGGCUACAUUUAGUGUCCCCCUCCUAGGUCCACUAAACGGUUUGGAUAUCUCAUUUUCCGAGCCGGGGUUCCUUCCCCGUAUCUCCAUGUAGCUGGGAAGUGGAACCUGGGGGUGUUGGACCCCUGGGAUCCUGGAGGGGCAGAGAGGGCGCAGAACUCCGCUUCUGCUCCUGCUACCAGGACGCCGGGGCCUCAGCCUCUCCCUUCCCGCUGCCAUGCACUCUGCGGCCUUCUCGCUUCCUGUAGUUGUGGCCACUGUGCUGUGGGGAGCGGCCCCCAUCCGGGGUCUCAUUCGAGCGACCUCGGACCACAAUACCAGCAUGGACUUUGCAGACCUCCCAGCUCUCUUUGGUUCUGCCUUGAGCCAGGAGGGACUUCAGGGCUUUCUUGUGGAGGCUCACCCAGCCAAUGCCUGCAGCCCCAUUGCCCCACCACCCCCAGCCCCGGUCAACGGGUCAGUCUUUAUUGCACUGCUUCGAAGAUUCGACUGCAACUUUGACCUCAAGGUCCUGAAUGCUCAGAAAGCUGGGUAUGGUGCAGCCGUGGUACACAAUGUUAAUUCCAAUGAACUUCUGAACAUGGUGUGGAAUAGUGAGGAAAUCCAACAACAGAUCUGGAUCCCGUCUGUGUUUAUUGGGGAGAGGAGCUCCGAGUACCUGCGUGCCCUCUUUGUCUACGAGAAGGGGGCUCGAGUGCUUCUGGUCCCGGACAGUGCUUUCCCAUUGGGCUAUUACCUCAUCCCUUUCACAGGGAUUGUGGGACUGCUGGUUUUGGCCAUGGGAGCAGUGAUGAUAGUUCGUUGUAUCCAGCACCGGAAACGGCUCCAGCGGAACCGACUGACGAAAGAGCAACUUAAACAGAUUCCGACACAUGACUAUCAGAAGGGAGACCAGUACGAUGUCUGUGCCAUCUGCCUGGAUGAGUAUGUGGAUGGUGACAAGCUGAGGGUACUCCCCUGUGCACAUGCCUAUCACAGCCGCUGUGUGGACCCCUGGCUCACUCAGACCCGGAAGACCUGCCCCAUUUGCAAGCAGCCUGUCCAUCGAGGUCCUGGGGAUGAGGAGCAGGAGGAAGAAACUCAGGGACAAGAUGGUGAUGAGGAAGGGGAACCAAGGGACCAUCCUGCCUCAGAGCGGACCCCACUUCUGGGCUCUAGCCCUACAACGCCCACCUCUUUUGGCUCCCUAGCCCCAGCCCCACCUGUUUUUCCUGAGUCUUCAAUAGAUCCCGUACCCUCUCCUUCGCCCUCAGCUGCCAUCCUAGUCUAAUAACCCUUGUCAUCCCCACCCUGAUUACCUAUUUUGCACAGCCUUUCUCUAGCCUUCUGUGUUGGAGAAUAGGGGAUAUUUCUACCCUGGGUUUCUCCCUUACCCAAUCCCAUCCUUUUGAGGGGGUUGGUACAAAGGGACUGGGUCUUCAAUUACUGGGUUAAUAAAAUUGUUUUUGUUGACUAA